UUCACCCAAUAUUUUCUGUUUUCUCUUUGCAAAUUACGUAUUGUUCAAAACCCUAACCCUCGUUUUGUCGUCGUCAAAAUCCAACAUCUCUCAAGACAGAUUUUUCCCAUCACUUUCACCCCGACAUACACAGCGGCAUGGGUUCCAAAUCCAAGGGCGAUAACCCACACUCCGGGGAUGGUGCUAGCCCUGGGAAGAUUUUCAUAGGAGGAUUGGCUAAGGAUACCACGUACACGACGUUUAACAAUCAUUUUGGGAAAUAUGGGGACAUAACUGAUUCAGUGAUUAUGAAAGAUCGGUAUACGGGUCAGCCUAGGGGUUUUGGUUUUAUAACAUAUGCAGAUCCUUCAGUUGUUGAUAGGGUUAUUGAAGACACCCAUAUCAUUAAUGGGAAACAGGUUGAGAUAAAGAGGACCAUUCCUAAAGGUUCUGGGCAAUCAAACGAUUUUAAAACUAAGAAGAUAUUUGUUGGUGGAAUCCCAUCAUCAGUUACAGAAGAUGAGUUCAAGAGUUUCUUUUUGAAGUAUGGGAAAGUGGUGGAGCACCAAAUUAUACGAGAUCAUGAAACAAAUCGUUCUCGAGGGUUUGGAUUUAUAAUUUUUGAUAGUGAAGAAAUUGUAGAUGAAAUGUUAUCCCAAGGAAAUAUGAUUGAUAUGGCUGGUACUCAGGUGGAGAUCAAGAAAGCUGAACCAAAGAAAGCCUCAAACCCACCACCUGCUCCUGCAUAUGGUAGCAACUCUAGGGGUCGUUCUUACAGUGAAAACUUUGGUGGAUUUGGAGGUUCUUAUGGGGCCUUUGAUGGAGGCUUUGGGCCUGGUCCCUAUAGGACUCCUGGGGGUCUGGGUGGUAGAUUUGGUGGUGGUGGUGGUGGUGGUGGUGGUGGUGGUGUUUAUGGUUAUGGCAGUGACGGUGGGGACUUUGGUGGUGGCUAUGGUAGUUUUGGUGGGAGUAGCUUAGGAGGUUACCGAGGUGAAUCUUCCCUUGGUUAUUCUGGUCGAUUUGGACCUUAUGGUGGCGGGUUUGGUGGGGCUUAUGGUGGUAGUGGUUUAGGGGGUUAUGGUCGGGGAGGUGAGGGAUAUGGAAGUUAUGGAGGUCCAGGGUAUGGUGGGGGUUAUGAAUCUGGUCCAGGUGCUAGUUAUGGAGGAGCAGGUGGUCUUUAUGGAAGGGGAGGCUAUAGUGGCAGUAGUCGAUAUCAUCCUUAUGCAAGAUAGAAAAAAGGCAUUUUGCAGUUGCUUAAUCUUUGCCUAGCAGUUCCAAACAGGGUCAUCUAGUUUAAAGCCUUGUGAAACAGAUAGGCACUUUCCCACAUGUAAUAGAAGUCUCCUAUCUCUGUGAUUGAGGAAGCUUUUAAGGAUCAGAGUAUCUAUUUUUAGUUAUUUCUCAUAUGUAUAUUUUAGACAGACUUCUUAGUUUUGCUUCAACUUAGUCCUUGGUGUCUUUGGUUAACUUGUUGUAGUUCUAAUGUAGCCUGUUUUGCAGAUGAUAGUAUCUUUGUUUGGAGCGUGAUGCUAUUUAUUUAGUUUGAUCUAGAUAGACCUUUUGUUAAAUUCGUACCUGUUUGUUUUGACUUACAAUGCAGCAGUUGGGCAAUUAAUAUUUAUAUUUAUUCUUCCUUGAUUCA